AUGCUUAGCGUGAAGACCUAUAGCAUUCGCCGCGGGGUUGAGUACAAGGUAUUGGAGUCGGAUCACCGCAAGUACUAUGGCAAGUACAAGGAGUUCGGGAACGGAGCUGAUACUGCCACGUCGAUUAAGGUACUGCAGAAUGUCACGGAGGCACACUUCGGGUUCAGACUGAUGUAUAGGAGGAUCACUAUGUCGGGUAGUGCAGCUGUGUUGAGGACGAGUCCUGUUCGGGUAGGUGGGCAGUUGGAUGAUUCUACAGCUUAUUUCCAUCGCUUGUUUUGGACAUUCCCACCAUGUGUUGAGGCAUUUCGACAUUGCAAGCCGUUGGUUAGUGUGGAUGGGACCCACCUGUACGGCAAAUACGGUGGUACACUACUUAUCGCGAUUGCACAGGACGGCAACUCCAACAUCAUCCCUAUUGCCUUUGCACUUGUGGAAGGUGAAAAUGUGGAGUCGUGGCACAAUGGGAUAAAGGCUGCAUUGGAGGCUCCUGAUGGGGUAUGGCUUCCCCCUACUGCAUAUAGGGAGUUCUGCAUCCGUCAUGUGGCGGCUAAUUUUGCCCUGACAUUUAAGGGGAAGGAUGCAAGGAGGCUGUUAGUGAAUACUGCAUAUGCAAAGACGGAGGUCGAGUUUCAAUACUGGUUUGACAUCUUGAGAACGUUUGAUCCUGCGAUGUGCGACUGGGCUAAUCGAAUUGAGUAUGCACAUUGGACUCAGCAUCGAGAUGAAGGCCGCAAAUUUGGGCACAUAACUACGAAUAUAUCUGAGUGUGUGAACUCGAUCUUAAAGGGUGUUAGGAACCUUCUGGUGUGUGCAUUGGUGAAAGCCACAUAUGGGCGGUUGGCCGAGUUAUUCGUUUGCAAGGAAAAAGAGGUCGAGGCACAGUUAGGCACUGGACAACAGUUCAGUCAGCAUCUGCUUAAGGCGAUUGAGGCCAACCUGAAGGCCUCAAGGUGCUUCACCGUGAUGCAGUACGACAUGGAUAACUCAGAGUUUACGGUGGCUGAGACCACUCCGAUAGAGGGCUUUUCACUUGGCUCAUACAGAGUAUCCCUCAAGGACCAGACAUGUGAUUGUGGCUAUUUCCAGGCACUUCAUUAUCCAUGCUGA